UGUUGAGAGUCAUCAAUUAUGCAGGGUAACGGCACGCACUGAGAGCGAAGAUAGCAGCAACAAUAUGGCGACAACCGCAGUUUCUCCCGAAUCUUUUCGACAUCUGCAGUCCAGCAACGCCUUUUUUGGUUUUCAGUAACGCUUGUAAAUGCUGGCUACCGUGCAUGGUACAAACCUAAAGACCAAGUAGCUGCAGGAUGAAAACAUGGCCGCGCCCCUUAUCCCACCGCCAGGACCUGCCAGCUUUAAGAAGUUCACCUUGGAAUCUCUGGACCACCUCGAGCUGCGAAUCAACGAGGAGAAGAACAAGAAGCCGCCCAAGCAGGACAGCAGCUACCGCGACGAUGAUGACGAGAACAAGCCCAAGCCCAACAGUGACCUGGAGGCUGGGCGGAGCCUGCCCUACAUCUACGGGGACAUCCCUAAGGGAAUGGUGGCGGUACCAAUGGAGGACUUGGACCCCUUCUACCUGACUACUCAGAAAACAUUUAUAGUGCUAAAUAGAGGGAAGACAAUCUUCCGCUUUAGUGCCAAUCCUGCCUUGUACUUCAUCAGCCCUUUUAAUAUAUUUAGGCGAAUCGCUAUAAAAAUUUUGAUACAUUCUCUUUUCAGCAUGAUCAUUAUGUGUACUAUUUUGACCAACUGUAUAUUCAUGACUUUUAGUGAUCCUCCUGAGUGGUCCAAACAAGUAGAGUACACCUUCACAGGAAUUUAUACGUUUGAAUCUCUUGUAAAAAUCGUGGCUCGAGGAUUCUGUAUAGACGGGUUUACAUUCCUAAGGGACCCAUGGAACUGGCUGGAUUUCAUGGUGAUUUCUAUGGCAUAUAUAACAGAGUUUGUGGACCUGGGCAAUGUAUCUGCGCUGAGAACAUUCAGAGUUCUCCGAGCAUUGAAAACUAUCUCUGUCAUUCCAGGCCUGAAGACCAUCGUGGGAGCCCUGAUCCAGUCAGUGAAGAAGCUCUCCGAUGUGAUGAUCCUCACCGUCUUCUGCCUCAGUGUGUUCGCCCUCAUUGGCCUCCAGCUCUUCAUGGGCAACCUGCGCUACAAGUGUGUGAUCUGGCCAAUCAACGCCACCGAGAACUACCUGGCCAACGGCAGCAAGGGCUUCGACUGGACCGAGUACAUCAAUAACGACACAAAUUUCUACUUCCUGCCUGGUCAGCUGGAUGCUCUGCUGUGUGGUAACAGCUCUGACUCUGGCCGCUGCCCAGAGGGCUACACUUGCAUGAAAGCUGGGAGGAAUCCAAACUACGGCUACACCAGCUUCGACAGUUUCGGCUGGGCCUUCCUAGCUCUCUUCCGGCUCAUGACACAGGACUUCUGGGAGAACCUCUACAUGCUGACGUUGAGGGCGGCAGGGAAGACCUACAUGAUCUUCUUCGUGCUGGUGAUCUUCGUGGGUUCCUUCUACCUGGUGAACCUGAUCCUGGCUGUGGUGGCCAUGGCGUACGAGGAGCAGAACCAGGCCACCAUGGAGGAGGCUGAGCAGAAGGAGGCCGAGUUCAAGGCCAUGCUGGAGCAGCUGAAGAGACAGCAGGAGGAUGCCCAGGCCAACAACAUGGCCACCUCGGCGGGCACCGUGUCAGAGGACGGGGUGGUGGACGACGGCGAUGGCCACAUGUCCUGCAGCUCCUCUGAGAUGUCCAAGCUGAGCUCAAAGAGCGCCAAGGAGCGCCGCAACCGCAAGAAGAAGUGGCGCCAGAAGGAGCAGUCGCGCGGCGAGGAGAAAGGCGACAGCGAGAAGUUCGUCAAGUCCGAGUCGGACGACGGCAGCAAGAGAAGCCGCUUCCAUUUCCCUGACAACCGCUUAGGCCGCAAGUCUUCCAUUAUCAACCAGUCUCUCCUCAGCAUCCCCGGGUCGCCCUUCCUGUCGCGGCACAACAGCAAGAGCAGCAUCUUCAGCUUCAAGGGCCGCUCCAAGGACGUGGGCUCGGAGAACGAGUUCGCCGACGACGAGCACAGCACGGUGGAGGAGUGCGAGGAGAGGCGCGGCUCGCUGUUCAGCCCGUACCGCCGCAGCAGCUACACGGGCUACCACCACGGCAAGAGGAACAGCACGGUGGACUGCAACGGCGUGGUGUCGCUAAUCGGGCCCGGGUCCGGUGGACGCCUUCUGCCUGAGGUGAAAAUAGAUAAGGCAGCUUCUGACGACAGUCCCACUACUGAGGUUGAGGUGAAGAAGAAGCUGUCGGGCUCUCUGAUGGUGUCUGUGGACCAGCUCAAUACCUCCUUUGGGCGGAAAGAGCGGGCCAACAGUGUCAUGAGCGUCUUCACCAACACACUAGUGGAGGAACUGGAGGAAUCCCAGCGUAAGUGUCCGCCAUGUUGGUAUAAGUUUGCCAACACCUUCCUCAUCUGGGGGUGCUGUCCCACCUGGCUGAAGAUCAAGGAGAUUGUCAACCUGAUCGUCAUGGACCCCUUUGUGGACCUGGCCAUCACCAUCUGCAUCGUGCUCAACACCCUGUUCAUGGCCAUGGAGCACUAUCCCAUGACCCCCCAAUUUGAGGGGGUGCUGUCGGUGGGCAACCUGGUGUUCACUGGAAUCUUUGCCGUGGAGAUGUUCGCCAAGCUGGUGGCCAUGGACCCCUACUACUACUUCCAGGAAGGCUGGAACUGCUUCGACGGCUUCAUCGUGACCUUGAGCUUGGUGGAGCUGGCGCUGGCCGAUGUGGAGGGACUGUCCGUGCUGCGCUCCUUCCGUUUGCUGAGAGUGUUCAAGCUAGCUAAGUCGUGGCCCACCCUCAACAUGCUGAUCAAGAUCAUCGGGAACUCCGUGGGCGCCCUGGGGAACCUGACCCUGGUGCUGGCCAUCAUCGUGUUCAUCUUCGCCGUGGUGGGCAUGCAGCUGUUUGGCAAGAGCUACAAGGACUGCGUGUGUAAGAUCGCCAAGGACUGCGAGCUGCCGCGCUGGCACAUGAACGACUUCUUCCACUCGUUCCUGAUCGUGUUCCGGGUGCUGUGCGGGGAGUGGAUCGAGACCAUGUGGGACUGCAUGGAGGUGGCCGGCCAGGGCAUGUGUCUGAUCGUGUUCAUGAUGGUCAUGGUCAUCGGUAACCUGGUGGUGCUGAACCUGUUCCUUGCCUUGUUGCUGAGCUCGUUCAGCGCAGACAACCUGGCGGCCACCGAUGACGACGGCGAGCUCAACAACCUCCAGAUCUCUGUGAUCCGCAUCAAGAAAGGCAUCGCCUGGGGCAAGAUCAAGGCGCGCGUGCUGAUGGCCAGCGUCCUGCGCAAGCCGCCCAUGGAGGACGAACAGAAGCCCCUGGACGACAUGUACGACAAGAAGCUCAACUGCAUCGCCAACCACACGGGCGCGGACAUCAACCGCGACCUGGACUACACCAAGAACGGCAACGGCACCACCAGCGGCAUCGGUAGCAGCGUGGGCAAGUACAUGAUCGACGAGGACCACAUGUCCUUCAUCCACAACCCCAACCUGACCGUGUGCGUGCCCAUCGCCGUGGGGGAGUCCGACUUUGAGAACCUCAACACGGAGGACUUCAGCAGCGAGUCGGAGAACGAGAACAGCAAGGAGCUGGAUGACACCAGCUCGUCAGAGGGCAGCACCAUUGACAUCAAGCCAGACGUGGUGGAGGAGGUGGUGGUGGAGACGGUGGAGGAGUAUCUGGACCCCGACGCCUGCUGGACAGAUGGUUGCAUUGCCAAGUACAAGUGCUGUGACGUGCCCAUCACCCACGGCUGGGGGAAGCACUGGUGGUUCUUGAGGAAGACGUGUUACCUGAUCGUGGAGCACAACUGGUUUGAGACCCUCAUCAUCUUCAUGAUCCUGCUGAGCAGCGGCGCGCUGGCCUUUGAGGAUGUGUACAUUGAGCAGAGGAAGACCAUCCGGAUCAUCCUGGAGUAUGCAGACCGGGUCUUCACCUACAUCUUCAUCCUGGAGAUGCUGCUCAAAUGGGUGGCCUAUGGCUUUGUUAAGUACUUCACCAACGCCUGGUGCUGGCUCGACUUCUUCAUUGUGGAUGUGUCUAUAGUCAGCCUUGUAGCUAAUGCGCUGGGCUACUCCGAUCUAGGGCCCAUUAAAUCACUCAGGACACUAAGGGCCUUGAGACCCCUCAGAGCCUUGUCACGUUUUGAAGGGAUGAGGGUGGUAGUCAACGCCUUGGUGGGUGCCAUCCCUUCAAUUAUGAAUGUGUUGCUGGUUUGCCUCAUCUUUUGGCUGAUUUUCAGUAUCAUGGGGGUCAACUUGUUUGCGGGCAAGUACUACUACUGUUUUAACGAAACCGCCGAGGCGUACUUUGAACCGGACGUGGUCAACAACAAAACGCAAUGCCUGGCCCUCAUGGCCGCAAACUAUUCUGAGGUCAGGUGGAAGAAUGUCAAGAUCAACUUUGACAAUGUCGGCGCCGGCUACCUUGCCCUGCUCCAAGUGGCCACUUUCAAAGGCUGGAUGGACAUUAUGUACGCAGCAGUCGACUCAAGAAGGGUGGAAGACCAGCCUAUUUAUGAAGACAACAUCUACAUGUACAUCUACUUUGUAAUCUUCAUCAUCUUCGGCUCCUUUUUCACCCUCAACCUCUUCAUCGGUGUGAUCAUUGACAACUUCAACCAGCAGAAGAAAAAGUUUGGGGGUCAGGAUAUCUUCAUGACAGAAGAACAGAAAAAAUACUACAAUGCCAUGAAGAAACUGGGUUCCAAAAAACCCCAAAAGCCUAUUCCGCGACCACAGAACAAGAUCCAGGGGAUGGUGUUUGACUUUGUAACCCAGCAGGUCUUUGACAUCUCCAUCAUGAUCCUCAUCUGCCUGAACAUGGUCACCAUGAUGGUGGAGACGGACGACCAGUCGGACGAGACGGAGAACAUCCUCUACUGGGUCAACUUCAUCUUCAUCGUGGCCUUCACCACCGAGUUUGUGCUCAAGCUCUUCGCUCUGCGCCACUACUACUUCACUAAUGGCUGGAACAUCUUUGAUGUGGUGGUCGUCAUCCUCUCUGUAGUUGGUAUGUUCCUGGCAGAUAUCAUUGAGAAGUACUUUGUCUCACCGACCCUGUUCAGGGUCAUCCGACUGGCACGUAUUGGCCGUAUCCUACGUUUGAUCAAAGGAGCCAAGGGUAUCCGAACUUUGCUCUUUGCCCUGAUGAUGUCACUGCCAGCUCUGUUCAACAUCGGGCUCCUGCUGUUCUUGGUCAUGUUCAUCUUUUCCAUCUUCGGCAUGUCCAACUUCGGCUACGUCAAACAUGGCGCGGGGAUCGAUGACUUGUAUAACUUUGAGACUUUUGGGAACAGCAUGAUCUGCCUGUUCAUGAUCACCACGUCUGCUGGCUGGGACGGCCUCCUCCUGCCCAUCCUGAACUACCCCCCCGACUGCGACCCGAACUUCGAGAACCCCGGCACCACGGUGAAGGGCGACUGCGGCAACCCCUCGGUGGGCAUCUUCUUCUUCGUCAUGUACAUCAUCAUCUCCUUCCUCAUCGUGGUCAACAUGUACAUCGCCAUCAUCCUGGAGAACUUCAGCGUGGCCACGGAGGAGAGCGCCGACCCGCUCAGCGAGGACGACUUUGAGACCUUCUACGAGAUCUGGGAGAAGUUUGACCCCACCGCCUCGCAGUUCAUCACCUUCGCCAAACUUGGAGACUUUGCCGACACGUUAGAGCACCCGUUGCGCGUGCCCAAGCCCAACACCAUAGAGCUGAUCGCUAUGGACAUGCCCAUGGUGAGUGGUGACCGUAUCCACUGCCUGGACAUCCUGUUUGCCUUCACCAAGCGUGUGUUGGGUGACAGCGGCGAGCUGGACAUGCUGAGGCAGCAGAUGGAGGAGCGCUUUGUGGCGGCCAACCCGUCCAAGGUGUCCUACGAGCCAAUCACAACCACCCUCCGCCGCCGGCAAGAGGAUGUCUCAGCCAAGAGGAUCCAGAACGCCUACCGUGCCCAUCUCAUCAGGCGCGGUUUUGUGUGCAAGCGGCGGCGAACUUUCACCAACAACAAGCUGGAGAAUGGAGGGACCAACCAGGAGAAGAAAGAGAGCACACCUUCCACUGCCUCGCUCCCCUCCUAUGACAGUGUGACCAAACCCGACAAGGAAAAACAGGAAGAAAUCGAAGGGGGAAGGAAAGAGAAGGACAGAAACCAAAAAGAUGAACGGGAAUCCAAAUGUUAGGGUUCAGUGGCUGUCAAGGUCCAGUAAGACACAACGAGGAGAGACUCUGAGGCCGACCCCCUUCAAAUGUACAAAAAGAUCAUUUGCAAGUAAAAAAACUACAAAACAUAAAAAAAAUGUUUACAGACUUGACUAUGUUCAAGGCAACAUGGUUUCUUACUUUGUUGAAGACAACCGAACCAAACAAUCAGUUUACCACAGGACUUUGCUGCAAUCGUGACCAAUUUCUCCAAACGAGGAGGCACCACAAGAAAAAAUGACUCAAAAGUGUGCACAGCCAAUGGCACACAUAUUUCCUGUGGACUGUCAGUUGAAUGGACAGAGUUUUCUGCUAGAUGUUGUAAUUUGGAGAAGCCUUUCUCUGCCACCACCUUGUGUGGACCCCCUGCAGCAAAUGUCCAUCUCCGUGGAACCCUGCCAGAACCUUCUAGAACUGUCUUAGCAGUCUGAGGGGAUUUCCAUUCCUUUGAGUUCAGCAUACUUAUCAAGGAAAACCAAGAAUCAACCAAGCAACAUUAAAUUCAAGGAAAUGUCAUAGUUAGAGGAAAGAAAAAUACGGAACAGUAGACAAGACAGUAGGCAGUUUCCAUGUGCUGAGUAUACUUGCAUCUUAACAUUAUUUGAGCAGCAAAAAAAAAGAAGAAAAUACUAACAUUUUGCCCAUGUCACUUAAUCCUCUCAUCUUCUCUUUGUUAUACUGACAUUGAAAAAGACAUUUUCUACAUGGGCUUUCACACUGAUUGGGUAGGGGGCAUUAAGUCCAUGUUUUGGCUGGAGGGGACUUGCUCCGACCGAGUUCCAGAUAAAUAAUAAUAAUUGUGCUCGUUCAAUGCAUAGAAAUGACCUGCAUGAAGGCAUGUUUUGAUCAGGAAUCAUGCAUGAGUGAUCAUAGUCCACAAGACACUAAUUCUCAGACCACAACAGUGGCUUGACCAUAAGCUUGAGACUGUCCACUUGGAAGAAGAAUUAUCUUGACAGGAAAAUCUUGAUAUAUAUCAUAUUGGAUAUAUAUAUUUAUAUAUAUGUGAUAGUAAGAAUAUUGAGGGAAUUUAACUGGUAUGACUCUACCCAUCUCUAAUAUUGCUUUUCAACUGCCAGACUUAUCAAACCUUUAGAGAUUAAAGGCAAGCAGAGGAUCCAAGCACUCAGAGGCGAUUCUCAAUUCAAAACCAGUAUACAUUUUUGCUUCUCUGAGUUUUGUGAGCGGGGCAGUGAUUGGGCGAUGCUGAGAGACACAUCUUCCAUAAACUAGGAUGCACAUAUUUCUUUUUGUUGCAGAACUAGGUCUGUCAUUCGAAACCAAAUCUGGGGUCUUGUAUCUACCUUGGAGUUAACACGUUAGCCCCUGAUGGUUAAUUCCCCUGCUGGUGGUCUCUGUCAUUGUAGCAGUGAGGGCAGACCAAGGUAUCCCACCAUGGAGACCGAGUGUGGUGGGGGCCAGGAGUGCGAGUGAGUGGACCCGCCCUGACGGCUGUGUUGGUGGACCUGGCCGGGCCGUUAUGGGCAAGGUGGGAUCCUCACUCACAAGGUCGACCUAAAGCUUCCAUCGAUUCCUUUCAUAGCUGUUCAGCUUCUUUUAAAAAAAAUCCUCUGUCAGUUCUCUCUAUUAGAGUAUUACUCACGUGAGUUACGUGGUGAACAGCGUGUAGCCUUUUCCCAGACCCUUCUGUUGAAUUACGAUGACCUUCUUAUAUGGCACUCUGGAAAGAGGGUUCUCAACCGCGAGCAUGUGACGAUGACCAUCUAGAACAAUAGAUAGAGCGAAGAAUGCCCACGAGGACGUAAUGAGGCUCUCCCGGCACACGCUAAAACACACCCGGCCGGCCAAAAAAAGGUUUUGGAAUGUUAGGAAAAAAAGGUACUUGUUUGAUAUUUCAGGGAAGCGGAGGGAUAUUAUGGACCAAUGUUACUGAAAGCGAGUCGAGCCACUCCCUCCAGAAGGUUCUAGACUGACUGCCAUGAAAAUAAGAGAGGGAUAAGGUUUGGCCAGGGCCGCAGGGAGAGAGAAAAUAGGGCUUCUAUCUUUGUUCGGAGUGCUGAAAGUCCCAUGUGUGUCAGUGUAUCAUUGCACUUUUUGGGACCUCUUUAACACUGUGCAGUGUUGGACCCAAGCUUGCCCCCAUCCUGUCACAAGCUCAUCAUCCUGACCCCCCACUCGAGAAGGCUCUUCCGAGUUUGGGAGAAGUUAUGUUCUGUUAUCGACAUCUCAAAGCUUGUCCUGUCGGAAAUGGAGAUAUAUCCAUAGGCCUCACAUCGACAUGGAUUCAUCAGCUAAUCAUUUCUAUCACGACAACUCUGAGGAUGCCGCUCAGACGAGAGAGCGGGCCGGAGUCCAGUCUCUCUGUGAGUGGUACUGUAGGCGAGACACAACCUUCUCCUUAGGUAUAUCUGCUGGCUUUUUUUCUACACAGGAAGGAUGGUCCUAUUUACAAACAGAUGCCUGGCCACAAUUGGCAUCUAAGGACAUGCCACAGAAGCCAUUGUGGUGUGUUUAACACUGCCUGUACCUGAACCCCCUGUCUGGACAAAUACCUGAGGUCUGUUUACAUGAGGUCUCAAAUUCAGUUUGGCCGCUGCACACUUAAACCAAAUACAUUCCCAAACAAGAACCACGAGAGCAACUCCAACGCCUGCCGACGUUUCCCAUGCUCAUCUUGGAUGUAAUGUUUAGAAGGAUGCGUUCACGCUUGGAGGAAGAAAAAAAUGAAAACAAAUAUAUGUACAGUGCAGGCUAGGAUGUAAAUGGCACAAUCGCUGAAAAAGAAUGAACUUUUUGAGAGAAACUAUAAAUACUGUAUUAUAUUAUUUUAUUUUAUUGGCAUGCUUUGUUGUGUUUUUUUGUAAAUACUGAAUUUUAAAAAGUUGCUAAUAAUAAUCUAAAAUGAAUAAUAACAAUAAUAUAGAAUGGCUUCCAGCUAUGCCCUUUGUCACAUUUGUUACCUUUUGGAUUUUUUGACACUUUUCACUUUGUUGAUGGAAAUUGAAUGAAAUAUAGAUAAUAUAUAAUACAAAAGAUAUAUACAUGGAUACAUAUAUAUGUCUAUAUGUAUAUACAUUAUACAGAAGAACACUGUCACAUUUGAUUUAUGUGCAACACGUUCAGUGGAUGUCUAAAACUGGUUGGUCCAGCACCAUAAGUGUUGAGGAAUAGCUCAUGUAUGAUGCAACUGGAGCUGCUUGCAGUGGAUUGUAGCCUGAUAACAAUGAAAGGAUUAUGCUACCAGCACAUUUCUCACUUUCUGCAAAGUUUUCAUACCUGUCACCUGCACAGAAUAUGUACACACACACACACACAAACACACACAUAGAGGCACUGACACAGACACCCACGCACACACACCAACACACAUGCUCCUCACUCAACAUAUUAAACCAGUAAUUUGUCCCAAGUUAGAUCAGUUGGUGUGGCUGCUUCAUCCACUGAAUAUCACAAUCUCCCAUGGCCUACCCAUACACAUCAGUGCCGUUACAGUUACAAACUCUUACCCAACAAGUCUUCUUGCUUUUCAUCUAUACGUUGUUUUCUUUCCUUUUUUUGGGUUCAAGUGUCGUUCCACUCAGUGGCAUGUGCCUUUUUCUGCUUUUUCUGUGAAUUUGGACGAUGAUGCCACAACUUCAAAUGUUUCCAAACUGUGGAGGGCAGGGGCGAGGGAGGGUGGAUUGUUAGGGGGUGUGAUGACAUGGAGCACCACAUAAUCAGGGACCUGAGUAUACACAAGAAGUCAGAUAUACUGCCUGAGGAUUGUCUUAUACACCCCCCCAUUCCAUCUAGAUAUUUAACAGUGCAAUGUUAACAAAAAAAUGGCUAACUCAAGUGUUCUGUUCUCUGUGCUAUAUGUGUCACCCACUUGGCUUGUGAAAAAGCAGCUUGCCUUCUAUAUUUCUGUUCUGUCCAUCUGAAAUUUAUUUUUUUAUUGAUAUUUAAUUAUGGGACUCAUUUUUUAGCAUGGUUUAUGAUAGGCUUUUUUUCAUUUUGCUGAAAAAAAAAAUGCUUUUCAAACUGUUAUCAUUUGACACCGUGAUAAAAAAGGAUAUACAGUACAGUAUGGUGUGUUGCACAACCACUUGGACUCUUAGUAAGAACUUAUGAAAGAUUGUCUUCAUUUGAGCACGAACCUUUUUAUUACCAAUAAAGCAGCCUUCCAGUUA